CUCAGCUCACUUCGGGUGGAAAACGUGAUUUUUGACACCGCUUGGUUGGUGGUGAGAACCCCAGCAACCGAUGUAGAUACCGCUGUGUGGUUUCGUGUGCUGAGCUGUUUCCGUUCUGUUCUUUCACAGUGUAGGAUGAUGACUACUCCCAAGAGAAUCCUGUCGGUCAUAAGCAACGGCCCUGCCCGGCGAAACCUGUUUGGCCCGGUGGACCGGGAGCAGCUGCAGGUGGAGUACCAGGCUGCCCUGAGCAAGGACCUGGAGGACGCUUCGCUGCGAUGGGGCUUCGACUUUUUCGCAGAGAAGCCGCUCGAGGGGAGUGGGUUCCACUGGGAGGACGUCCCGGGUACCAAAGUGCCGUUCCUUUACCGAUCCUGUAUGCUUGGUUUGGAUCAUCACGUGGCUGGACGGGACUCAGUAGGGACCAGAGGGACGAACCCCUCCAGAGGCAGAGGGGAGCUGUCCCGCAGCGAGAAGGAGAACAUCCCACGCUCCCCCGAGAGAUGUUCAGUCAAACAACAGCAGCUGGAGAGGAUGCCGGAGAAGGGGGAGAGCGCCAAGCUCAAGAGGAAACAGACCAACAUUACAGAUUUCUAUCAGGCCAAGAGAAGAGUGGUGGGGACGCCACGGAAAUCGGGUCAGUGAUUUCAGUACGGUUUGAUGCACGAAGAGCCGAUACUCCAAGAAACCCGUCGCAAAACAGUACCUCUCUCAGGAAAACCACAUUCUACCCAGACACUGCACAUUCUCACUCGAGGAAGCCUUGUAAAUAACAAAUAGUUUGAAGUCAGUUGCAAAACACAGUAAACCUCAUCUACACAUAUACGUGUUGUCCGUUAUAUCACAUUCAUCAAUGUACUUUGUUUUCUCCAAGGAGGCUGGUGUUUUCCCAUUUGUACAAGCGGUUAUCAUGAGUAGUAAUGAGUCCUAGAAGUGCGCUGUAUAUCCUGUUUGUGCUGCUUUGGACCAGGGGGGAGACAAGACGUGUUUCCGCCAAUCCACCAUACUGUAAAAAUGCAAUCGCAGGUCCGUUGCAAGGUCUACAUAUCACUAGGAUGAUGCAGUACUUCUUAAAGGGCUCCGAUAGAUUCACACGUCGACUUUACACUACCAAAAACAGGCGUUACGUCUUCCGAUUGUUGCACGAAACAAUGAAAUGGCGUAACGGCUGUGAUAUGCUGCUUACUCAUCGACCACAACAGACAGAGGGGGAGGCUCCUCUGUUCCUUCCCUUGUGUCGUGCUUGCUGGUUCUGUGUAUCGCGGGGCAAGGGAUUGAUUUUAACUUCUUCUUUUUUUUCCUUUUGUAAGCACUUAUUGUCUGUCCAAAGUGUAUCUUUUUGUAUCUUGGUAUAAAUCCUGUUUUCAUGUAUCAGCGUGUACUCAUAGGACACUGUUUACGAGAGUACCCAUAGGCUUUGCUUAGAUUACACAUGACAGAAGUGCCACCGGGUCCUCUCCCAGACCCACCAGACCACGCCGACGUAUAGGUUUGUCAGAGUUGGGGGCGUCCGGGUGGCGUGGCGGUCUAUUCCGUUCCCUACCAACACGGGGCUCGCCAGUUUGAAUCCCCGUGUUACCUGCGGCUUGGUCGGGCGUGCCUACAGACACAAUUGGCCGUGUCUGCGGGAGGGAAGCCGGAUGUGGGUGUGUGUCCUGGUCGCUGCACUAGCGCCUCCUCUGGUCAGUCAGGGAAUCCUGUUCGGGGGGGAGGGGGAAGUGCUACGUGCCCCCCUGGUGAAAGUCCUCACUGUCAGGGUGAAAAGAAGCGGCCGGCGACUCUACAUGUAUCGGUAGUCUGUGGCCCUCCAGAUCGGCAGAGGUGGUGGAGCAGCGACCGGGAUGACUCAGAAGAGUGGGGAGUAAUUGGCUGGGUACAAUUGGGAAGGAAAAAAGGGGGGGAAAUCCACCCCCCCACACACACAAAAAAAAGUUAAGUCAGAGUUAGCCCUUCACAUGUGCAUUGACGGGACUAUGACACGUGGACUGUCAGACAUGCGGUUGGCUUAGAGUGUAGCACAAGGUCUUAUGAACAAGAAGAUUAUAUAUAUAUAUAUAUAUACAUACAAACAUAUACAUAUAUAUAUGUGUCAGAGAUUUAUCUAUAGAGUCAUACAGCACUGCUUAAUAGCAAAAUCACACGAGACAUUGCAGUAUUGCAUGUAAUGCUGAUAACCAGGUGCCUUCAUGGUGUUUGAUGGUUCAUUUAGGACAAUCAGAAGAAAAGUGUUCUCCGAGGCGUUUAUCUGUUUUUCAGUCAAGAUGAAGUUGAGUAUUUUAUUUUAUUUUGUUUUGGGUUUUUUUUGGUUUUUUUAUUUGGACGUUCAGUGCAAUUGAACACACGAUGUAUUUUGUACCUGCCUCAAAGCUAAAUAGGGUAUAUGUCCAUACUAGUUAUUUAUGUCUGUGAUGACAAUUCCUGCUGCUAUGGGUAAUCGGAUUAGGUGACAGACAAAAAUCACUGUAAAGCUAAAUCUCACAAACUGAAUUUUUCACAGCCCUGCGUGUUAUGCCAAGCCAGACGGCAUUACCCCAACCAAGACAUGCACUUCUGUUUAUAGAUAGAUGCUUAUGCAAAGAUCCCACAUAGUGGUCUACUGUUUGAAAGCUAUAAAUUUGAAAAAAAUGUAUUGUUAUUUAUUGUGUUGUUCCUCAUGGUUAUCUAAAUGUUUUUAAUUCCCUAGAAAAAUCCA